AUGGCCGUACUCGUCGGCUGGAUAAUUGAGUCCGUCUAUGAGAUGUUACACAUAUCUGGACUUACCCUACAGUCCUUUCUCGUCUUCUGUACGGCCUUUUUUCUGGCGUGUUUUCUUUUGAAGCGCCGCAGAAACCUGCCUCCCUACCCGGCAGGACGCGUGCCUGUUCUCGGGCACCUCCUCGCCUUGGGCCGAGCGCCUCACCUCAAGCUAACGGCGUGGAGGCGGCAGUACGGGGACGUCUUCACUGUCAGGAUGGGGAUGGAAGAUGUGGUGGUUCUGAACGGCUACAGUGUCGUCAAGGACGCGCUCGUGGACAGGUCCGAGCUGUUCGCGUCUAGGCCGCCAAACUACUUGUUUGAUGCUGUCUUUGGUUUCGGAAAGGACUUCGCCACUGCACGUUGGGGGACCGAGUUCAAACAGAGAAGGAGGUUCGCCACCGCCGCUUUGAAGAACCUCGGCAUGAAGGUCGGAACUGGCAGCAUCGAUGAGAAAAUCCGAGAGGAGGCGAAUUGUCUCCGCAACAGGAUGACUGAAUACGACGGAAGGCCCUUUGACGUAUCAAACGAUCUAACCGUAGCUGCUGGAAACGUCAUCUGCUCCAUGACGUUCGGAAAGCGCUACGACUACGAGGACGAAACUUUCCGUGAACUCGGGAAGGCGAUCGCAAACGUCAUGGCUGAACUUGCAGCUGGACAGAUCUUCAGCGUCUUUCCUUUCUUACGGUUCGUUCCUGGAAUAAACAGGACCUGUAGGGAAGUACUCAAACAGAACUCCAAGAUUCACCGAGUGUUGUGGGACGAGAUAGCCCGCCAUCGCGAGAACCUGGAUCGCGAGAACCCGCGAGACUUCCUUGACUUCUGCCUGCUGGAGGUUGAGAAGCAGGAGAAGGUGGAGGGUCUGACGGAGGAGAACGUCCUGUACAUGGCCUCGGACCUCUUCUUUGCAGGAACUGACACAACCAACAACACACUGUUGUGGGGUCUGCUCUACAUGACAUUGCACCCCGACAUCCAGAGUAAGGUGCAGCAGGAGCUUGAUGCCGUUGUUGGUGAGGGUCUGCCCACCCUGUCCCACCGUUCCCAGCUGCCCUACUUGAACGCCUGUCUGCUGGAGGUAAUGAGGAUCCGGACCAUCGCACCUUUCGCGAUUCCCCACGCCACCACAGAGACGGUCAAAAUACAGGAGUAUGACAUACCCAAGGGAAUCAAGGUACUACCGAACCUGUACUCCCUCCACAUGGACCCCGCCUACUGGCCUGAUCCGGACCGGUUUGACCCCGGAAGGUUUCUGGACGCGGAAGGAGACGUCAUCAAGAAGCCUGAAGGCUUUAUGCUUUUUUCAGGAGGCCGACGUGUGUGUCUUGGGGAGCAGCUGGCCAGGAUGGAACUUUUCCUGUUCUUCUCGACCCUCCUGCAGUCCUUCACAUUCAAGACGCCAGAGGGCGCCCCUCCCCCAACCACUGACGGCGUCCUUGGUACGACGUUAGCCCCGCACACGUUCAAGAUCUGUGCGAUCCCGCGUUAG